AAUAAACGUCGGCUCGUGGAAGGCGUCCGGUUUUUUAGAUUGGCAACGCUAUUAACAUUGCGGGCGCAGUCCUUUGUGGGAACAUCAGCCAAUGGCUGGCACGCUCUCUCGCGAUAAUGAAGAGCAGCUGAUGAUAUAUAAGAGACCUCAUGGGUAGCAUGCGUGUCAUUUAGAUGUCCAGUGGAGCUCGGUGCAACAGCGCAGCAGCGGUUUGUGUGUGUGUUGUUGUUGUUGCAAAGAGGCGAGGGGGACUUAGCUCUCAUCAGCAUCAUCAUCACCAGCAGCAGCAGCAACAGCAGCAUUAUCAUCAUCAUCAGCAGGAGCAUCAGCUUCAUCAUCAUCAUCAGCACCAGCAGCAACAACAGCAGCAGCAACAGCAGACUCAUCAUCAUCAGCAGCAUCAUCACUAGCAGGCAACAGUGAAAACAAAGUUUAAGCGUCAACAACAACAGCAAUGCAUUCGCUACUUUUCAUCUCAAACCUUCUCUGCGCGCUGACGAUUGGCCUCAUGCAGAGUCAAAGCAAACUUGGGAGCAGCAGCAGCAGUAGCAGCAGCAGUAGCAGCAGCAGCAGUAGCAGCGGCCACCACAAUGCCACGCACGACGGCGUGGAAGCAGGCACCAGCGAUCUGUCGCUACUGGACCUGGACGGCAACUGUUCGGUGUGCUCUAGGAGAGAACACAGCAAGGUCUGGCGCCUCGAGUCCAUCAGGUCGCAGAUCCUGAGCGAGCUGAGGCUCAAGCAGGCGCCCAACAUCAGUCGAGACACUGUCAACAGGCUCCUGCCCAAGGCGCCGCCUUUGCAGCAGCUGCUGGACCAUUACGGAUACCAGGAUGUGCUGGAGGCUCGCAAACUGGACAGAGAUAAUCUUGCCACCACCGAGACCAUCAUCAACGUCGCGACUGGAACCGACAAGAAGGUGCAGUCGAACGGGCGUCCCAAGUGCUGCUUCUUCAAGUUCACGCCGCGCAGCAUGCAGAACCAGGUGAUCAAGGCGCGCCUCUGGGUGUACCUGCGACCGGCCAAGAAGUCCACCUCGGUCAUCGUGAAGAUCUCGCGCCUGCAGCCCGUGGCGGGCGCCGCCCCGCGCCACGUGCACAUGUGCUCGCGCAACGUGAGCGUGGACGCGCGCAGCGGCCGCUGGGAGGAGAUCGACUUCAGGCGCGUGGUGCACAACUGGUUCAGGCAGCCCGACGCCAACUGGGGCGUCGAGAUUAACGGCCUCGACGCCGAGGGCAACGACUACGCCGUCACGUCGCCCGACGCCGCCGAGGACGGCCUGAAACCCUUCCUGGAGCUGAAGCUGAGCGACACGCUCCGUCGCUCGCGCCGUGCCCCGGGCCUCGACUGCAGCGAGGCGUCCAACGAGUCGCGCUGCUGUCGCUACCAGCUCAUCGUCGACUUCGAGGCGUUCGGCUGGGACUGGAUCAUCGCGCCCAAGCGCUACAAGGCCAACUACUGCUCGGGCCAGUGCGAGAACAUGUUUCUGCAGAAGUACCCGCACACGCACCUCGUGCAGAAGGCGAACCCGCGAGGCUCCGCGGGGCCCUGCUGCGCGCCCACCAAGAUGUCGGCCAUCUCCAUGCUCUACUUCAACGACCAGCAGCAGAUCAUCUUCGGCAAGAUCCCCGACAUGGUGGUGGAGCGCUGCGGGUGCUCAUGAGAG